GCGAAAAGCGUCUCCACCUAUUGUUGAGGACAGCAAGGGCUGAAUAAUCCCCUCAACUUUUUGCAAGCCGAACAUCAAACGCUCACUUUUCAAUUCGACUUGUAGCCGCAAUGUUCUGGAAGAAUCCGUCCGCACUGACCCAAGUGCUGAUCGUGGCCAUGGUGUGCUUCACGUGCCCUGGUCUGUUCAAUGCACUGAACAGUAUUGCCGCCGGUGUGGCUGACGAAACCAUCAAUUAUAACGCGACGGCGUUGCUGUACGCUUGCUUUGCGCUGUUCGGUCUGUUUGCCGGCGGUGCCGUGAACGUGAUCGGGCCCAAGUACACGCUGUUCAUCGGCACGUUUGGUUACAUCAUGUACUCUGCGUCUUUGCUGGUGAUGGACAAGAACUACGACACCGUGGCCAAGGUUUACAGCAGCGGCGCCACGACGUUCUUCUAUGCGUCGAACGCGGUGAUCGGUAUCUCUGCGGGUUUCCUGUGGACGGCGCAAGGCCAGAUGUGCAUGGCGUACCCCACGUCCGAGACCAAGGGCACGUACUUUGCGUACUUUUGGGUCAUCUUCAACUUGGGGGGGUCUCUCGGGGGCUUCUUGUCGUUCGCGACCAACUACGACAACAAGGGCGAGGCCGCCACGACGUCGACGUACGUGGUGUUUUUGAUCUUGAUGUCGUGCGGCGCCUUGUUUUCGCUCGUGUUAGCCGACCCCAACAACGUCGUGCGUAACGACGGCACGAUGGUCAAGGUGGAGCGUUUGCCCAACCCCGUGUCCGAGUUCGUGGCCACGCUCAAGACGUUCUUGGACCCCAAGAUGCUGCUCAUGUUCCCGCUGUUUGCGUACUCCAACUGGUUCUACCAGUACCACUCGUUCUUCAACACGUCGCUGUUCAACACCCGGUCCAGCUCGUUCGCGUCUGCGUUCUACUGGGGGUCGCAGAUGCUCGGCGCGUUCACCGUGGGCAAGUACCUCGAUCGCCCUGGCAGCAAGAAGCCCAAGGCGUUGCAGUCCAUCUUUGUGAUCGCCGUGCUCAUCAUGUUGAUGUGGGGCUCGGCCAUGUGGGUGCAAGUGGAGUUUGACUUGGGCAACGGCAAGAAGGACAAGAACAUUGAUUUCCAAGAAGGCGCGUUCUGGCUCAAGUUUUUGUUGUACAUGUUCUACGGGUUCAACGACUCGAUCGUGCAAGUGUGGGCGUACUGGUUGAUGGGUCAGUUCUCGGACGACAUGUCCACGCUGGGUCGCUACGCCGGUUACUACAAGUGCGUGCAAUCCGGCAUGGCUGCUGUGGGCUGGCGUCUGGGCGGCAUCCCCAUCUCGCCCGUGUCCAACAUUAUUGUCAACUGGACGCUCUCCACCGUCGGUCUCGUGCUCGCCUUCAUCUCGGUUAAGACGUACAUGGAAGAAAAGAACCAAGACGAAGGCUUGGAAUCUCCUGCCAAGGACAAGCCGUUGAUUGCCCAUUAAAUGGCUGGACUCGCGAUGCAGUUGUGGUAGUGAUAUGCUAUUAAGAUAUGUGUUCUCUCAAUAA